AUGUAUUUGCGGUCUGGUAAACUGAAGAAAGUGUUGUUUCCGUCGUCGCCAUUUUUAACUCCGACCGGCGAUUUGAGUGUGAUUCGUAGUGUGCGUGAGCAAAAGGACGAAGCUGAAAAUCGCCUGAAAGAAAAGAAGAUGGCGGAAAGUGUGCAAGCAUUGGAGCAGUGUUGCAGUGCGGCUCGGUCGAAAGUGGAGCGGAUCAGGUCGGCCAUUUUGAAUGCUGAUCAGGAUCCCGAAAAGUUCACCCACCACGGCUUGAAGCUCUACAUGAAGACUGUCGAUGCUGCCUAUGAGGAGUACAACAAUUUCCAGAACCGUAUCUACCUUGCCGACCCUCUAAGGAGAGAAGAAUUCGAACCGAAGUUUAUUGAGUUCGAAGAGCUUUACGAGUUCGUUCGGAUCGCGUUGAGCGAAAUGAUCCAGCACUACGUGGACAUCGAAAAGGCGAUAGCGGAGGAAGCAGCUCUGGAUCGUGAGAAGCAGCUUCUCGCUAUGAAGUUUUCUGCUGUAGCAGUGGGUGAGCGUGGCGGGAAUAGUGGCGUGCAGGAAAGCAUUGUGCCGUACCGCAUGCCGCCGUCCCUGCUGUUGCAGCAAACACCGUUACCGACGUUUGACGGCCGGUAUGAGCACUGGCACAAAUUCAAGGCUCGAUUCUGUGAUAUUGUGGACCGGUGCACACAGGAUUCUCCAGCAACGAAGCUCCAUUAUUUGGAUAAGGCGUUAGUCGGAGAGGCGAAAGGAGCAAUUGAUGAACAGACACUCAACGACAACAACUACGAUGGCGCCUGGAGGAUUCUGGUAGAACGCUAUGAGAACCUCCCGAUGGUGAUUCACGGCCACGUCACGAGGUUGCUGAACAUGAAACCGAUGGCCAAGGAGUCGUCAGCAGAACUGCGAACGUUGAUUGACGACUGCACGAAACGCGUGGAAUCCUUGGAGUUUCACAAACUGAAGAUGGAUAAGAUGUCCGAAGCUAUUGUGAUCACGUUGCUGGCGUCGAAGCUUGAUCCGAGUACCCGCCGAAGCUGGGAGGCAUCUGUUGAGCAUGGUAAGUUACCAGUGUUUAAAGAUACGAUCGCAUUCCUGCGUAAACACUCUCACGUCUUGGAGAGGUGUGAGCAGAACGUCACGACAGUCAAGAACAAGGUCGUGUCGAUAAGAAGUCAGCCGUCUACAGUCACUAGUAAGACGCACACUGUGACGGUUUCGAAGGCGAAUGAUGGAUGCCCCCUGUGCGGAUCUGCCCAUCCGGUGGAUACAUGUGGAGCGUUCAAAAGGAUGAAUGUUGAAGAGCGGUACACGAAGGCGAAGCAGCUGGGAUUAUGCUUCAGCUGUCUGCAGCGAGGGCAUCGAACCGCUGCGUGCAAGCACAGCAAAACGUGCCCAUCAUGUACGAAGAAACAUCAUGCGUUGAUGCAUCCGGAAGAGAAGAAGCCUGUAGCAGCUGAGAGCCCGCAGCCACCUGCGGCAGUGCAGGAGAACUCCAAUCAGCCGAUGACCGCGGCGAAGUGUACGAUUCCAGUCGUGCCAAUGCAGACGAAGCAAGUUCUUUUGGCGACCGCUGUGGUGAUGGCGUACGAUUCCAACGGUGAGGCGCACAAAUGCCGUGUGCUACUUGACUCCGGAGCGAUGGCGAACUUCAUGUCAACCAGAAUGGCAGAGUUACUGCGAUUGCGGAAGGAGAGUGCCAAUGUCCCGAUCGACGGCGUAAACGGGAUGAAGACCAUCGUGAAGCAUAAAGUGAGUGCUAAAAUGGUAUCCAGAACAACCGGUUUUGAAUCAUCGAUGGAUUAUCUGGUUGUCCCCCGAGUGACCGGUGCAUUGCCGGCAACGAAGAUCGACCCGCAGAGCUGGCAGAUUCCAGAGUCGGUACAGCUGGCCGACCCGAACUUCUACGAACCUGGUCGCAUUGACAUGCUUGUCGGUGCGGAAUUAUUUUUCGAUGUGCUGCAAGAAGGUAAGAUCAAAUUGUCUCCUAAUCUGCCAUUAUUGCAAGAGAGUCAACUUGGUUGGCUCGUUUCCGGACCGGUGGCCGAUACUGCGCCGAUCGGUACUGUAAAGGUGUGUCAAGCUGGCACAUCGGAGGCAACUAAUGAACAACUGAGUCAACUACUGCGGCGGUUUUGGACCAUCGACGAGCUUGGAGGUGAUACAUCCCCUGAUCCCGACGAUAAGUGUGAGCUGAGCUUCCAGGAGACUCACAGCAGAAACAAGGAUGGCCGGUACGUGGUGAUGCUACCAUUCCGUGAUAACGUUGGUGAGCUCGGUGAAUCCCGGAAGCAAGCGAUGCGGCGAUUUGUUGCACUUGAGAGCCGUCUAGAAAGGCAGCCAGAGUUGAAGCAGGCGUACGCUGAGUUCAUCAACGAGUACCUAGCGUUGGGUCACUGCCGAGUGGUCACGAGCGCCGAAUGUGAGAAGAACGAUUUUGCUCAUUAUCUGCCACACCAUUGCGUGAUAAAGCCGAACAGUUCUACGACCAAGCUGAGAGUGGUGUUCGAUGCGUCGGCGAAGAGCAGCACAGCAUCACAGCACGUCGUUGAACGACGUGAUGGAGAUUGGUCCAACAGUACAGGACUCACUCUUCAACGUGAUUUUGAGAUUUCGCUUGCACAAGUACGUCUUCACCGCUGA